AUUUAUUUGUGACGGCUGAAGAAAAAAAUAAUUUUGCAAAAGAUAUUCGAAUUUAAUAGGAAAAGGUCAUUCGCAAAAGUACAUUACUAAACACGGAAAUUUACUUUUUUCUUUUUUUGUAUUGAUUUUUAUUAAAAAUAAAAAAAAAUGAAACCAGCUGAAGUAAAAAAAGAUGAUCCAGUUGAAUUGGAAACUCAAUUUAUAUUACGUAUACCCGAAGAACCAGCAAAGGUUUUACAUGAAGCAAUUCAAAGUGGAUCUAAUUUAAAAGAUAGGUUAUCUAUUAAAUUAGAGAAUGAUGUACGAUACGGUGAAGUUAGAUUUGAUCACUGGCUAUUACAUGCAAAAGUUUUAGAUUUACCAACUAUAAUCGAAUCACUAAAAACAAUUGAUAGUAAAAGUUUUUAUAAAACAGCAGACAUUUGUCAAAUAAUGAUAUGUAAAGAAGAACCUGAUAGUCCACAAGAAGAAGAAUCACCAAAUAAAGCGAAAAAGAAAGAUCCAAAUAAGGUUGAUAAAAAAUUUUUGUGGCCUCAUGGUGUAACACCUCCAUGUAAAAACGUUCGUAAAAGACGUUUUAGAAAAACUUUAAAAAAGAAAUACGUUGAAGCACCAGAAAUAGAAAAAGAAGUUAAACGUUUACUUCGAAUUGAUAACGAUGCAGUAAGUGUUAAAUAUGAAGUAAUUAAUGAAGAUGAUGAAAAUAUUAAAUCAGAUCAAUUAGAUAACAAUAAAGAACCAGGACAAAAUGAAACUGAUGAUGAUAAACAAGAUGAAAAUAUGAGACAAGAUCAACAAGUUAAACGAAAAGCACCUGCUGAUUCUGAUGAAGAUGGAGAAGCUAAUAUUAAUCAACCAUUAACACCAAGAGGAUUAGCAGAACAAGAUAUUUUCGGUGGUGAAGUAUCUUCAUCAUCGUCAGAUGAAGAAGAAACUAGAAUAUCAAGAAAUAUGCGUGAAAUUCAAGAGAAUAGUAGAUUUUCCGCUGAAGAUAGUAGAAUAUCUGAAUAUUCUGUUAGUGGUGCAAGAGGUGUUGGUAAUGACGGUGUCAGCGGUGGUCCAAAUGAAGAAGGAGAAUCUUCACGUAAUGGUAAAAAUGUUGUUACGGAAUUCGACAAAACAAUGUUUAAUGAAUUAAAAGAUAGUUCAGACGGACCAAAUGAUGGUAAUGAUGGUGCUAUGUCAUCAGAAUAUUUCGACCAACAAAAAGAUAAUUAUUCCGAUUUUGAAGAUUUAUCUGAACCGCACUUGUCUAAAGAUGAAAUUAAAACAAAAAUAUUAGAUUUAAGACAACAAUGUGAUGAAUUAAAAAAUCAGCAAAAUCAAAAACAAACAGAAAUUUCUUCAAUUCAAAAUCCUACUUUAAAACAGAGAUUGCAAGAUGUUAUGGAUAAUUUGUUGAGCCAGAUUGUUGAAAAAGAAUUACAAAUUCAAGAAUAUCAAAAUAUGUUACAAAAAGUUGCUAAUGAAUAAAUAUCUAAUAAUAAUACACACAAUGACCUAAUAUUUAUUUUGAAUAAAUUUUUCAGCGAUCGUAUAUAAUACUAAAAUUAUUAUGUAAAAGAUUAAUUAAAAUAAAUGUA